AUGGUGAUGCCGGACGGCUUUCCAAGGGAUUUGUUAGAGGAGAUACUUUGUCGCGUUCCGGCCACAUCUCUGCAGAGGAUACGAUAUAGUUGCAGACUAUGGAACAACAUAUGCGACACUAGGAGAUUCACAAGAAAGCACUUCCGUAAAGCCCCGAAGCAGUGUCUGAUUCUCAUGAUGAACGAGUUUAGGGUUUCUUCGAUGAGCCUUAACCUCUUUAAAAAUCCAUCCACACGUGCACUUAGCUUGCCCGACCCUUGUUUUAGUUCAGAACAAUUCGAGAUUUCCAAAGUCUCACACUGGGAGGGAUUAUUACUAUGCACCAACGUAUACCAAACUAGAAUCGUGGUUUGGAACCCGUGUACUGGUGAAACCAGAUGGAUUCAAACUAGACAAACUGGCGGCACCUGUGCUCUUGGAUCUUACCAUGACAAGAAUUCUCACGGUAAGAGCUACAAAAUACUGUGCUAUAAUAUGGGUAAAUUCUACCCGAGACCAGAAUUUGCAAUUUAUGAGAGCAACUCUAACUCAUGGAGGACUAUUGAUACAACCCUUGAGUGCCACGUAGAACAUAGUGAGUUCUGCGUGUCUUUGAAAGGAAAUACUUAUUGGGUUGUUUCAGCUGUAAAACAGAAACAGCUUGGCGUAUUCUUACUUGCUUUUGAUUAUACAACUGAAACAUUCAGACGUCUCUGUCUUCCGUAUCAGUGUCCUAGUUUUGAAGUAGUGUCUCUAUCAGUUGUUAGAGAAGAGAAGCUUUCGGUGUUGUUGCAACGCGACGCUAGAUCAGUGACAGAGAUAUGA